GCUGCGCUUUUGCGUGCUACCUAAUAUGAGGGCAUGGGCUUGCGCCUUGUUUUUGAAGCGGGGCCCGUUGCUCUCGCUGUGCGGCUGUGGUAGGGCUUUCUUGGGGCUCGAGUGCUGUGAAGGCAUGGCCCUGCCCUCUACUUGGUGCUGGCAGUCUGUCAUUCGUGGGCUGCCAGCAGCGUGGUUGCGGUCAGGAAUCCACGGUCUUGCCCUUUUGUGGCUUCUAGCGUUCGGGCCCGUCUGGUUUAUAGUGUUUUCCACGGAAGAACUACAACAACAACUAGGAGCAGAUCUUGCUUGUUGUCUACAAGUAUUUUUCUUGGUUGUUAGUCUGACUUGUCUCAGGCGGGACGCGUGGGGAAGAUCUACUAGUUUCUAAACCCAGACUUUUUCCAUUUCACGCUGGUCCGUCGGUGUCUGAAUUACUGGCUGAUGGAUCGUUUUUCCUUCGCGUCUUACUGGCUGGCCGUGUCAAUGCUAUGAAGAGUAGUCACUGUACUUACAACAUAUCUGAGGAUGGGUUAAAGCUAGAGGAAAAGGGCUUCUUUUUAGUAAAAUCCUCUCGCCUUUGCGUCUACCUCUACGCCCUUUUCGUUUUUUUUCAGAUUUUCUUUCUUAGUGGGGUUUCUGACGUGGCAACGCCCUCACUUUUCUAGUACGCACAGCGCGAUGUGGCUU